AUGGUAGAACCAAAGAAGAUUGGUGAGGCUCUGCAAGAUAAAGACUGGAUCAUAGCAAUGGAAGAAGAACUGAACCAAUUUGAAAGAAUUGAAGUUUGGCAUCUCGUACCCAAACCAGCAAACAGAACCAUUAUUGGUACAAAGUGGAUGUUUAGGAACAAGUUAGAUGAACAUGGUACAGUAACAAGAAACAAAGCAAGGUUAGUAGUCCAAGGAUACAAUCAAGAAGAAGGGAUAGAUUAUGAUGAAACAUUUGCACCUGUGUCCAGGUUAGAGGCAAUCAGAUUACUCAUAGCAUUCACAUCACACAUGGAAUUCACCUUGUAUCAAAUGGAUGUAAAAAGUGCAUUCCUCAAUGGGUUACUAAAAGAAGAAGUGUUUGUCAAACAACCCCCGGCUUUGAAAACAAUGAUUUUGUCGACCAUGUUUACAAGCUUGAUAAGGCACUUUAUGGGUUAA